GAGGAGGAGGAGGAGAAGGAGGAGGAGGAUUGGUGGAUUUGAGCUCAGUGCUGCUGCUGCCGUGUUUUCUCUCCGAGCUGCCAGCAGUCCUCCAGGCCGCCCGUCCUUCACUCCCAGCCGGACUCCAGAGCGCUUCAGUCGUCCUCCAGGUUUCCUCCAGUCGUCCCGGCCGGCCAAUCAGAGCCGUUCUCAGAGGGUGCCGCUGAUCCCCGCAGCAGAUAACAGGUGGGCGGAGCAGCGAGCGGCGGCGGGGGCGGAGUCACGGCGAGGUCAUCAUGACGUCGGUGGCGGCGGAGUUCGACCACAUGGAGAUCCAGCAGCAGUACAGCGACGGCGUCAACAACCGCUGGGACGCCGACGACUGGGACAACGAGAACAGCUCGGCCCGCCUCUUUGAGCGCUCACGCAUCAAGGCUCUGGCAGAUGAGCGUGAAGCGGUGCAGAAGAAGACCUUCACUAAGUGGGUGAACUCCCACCUGUCCAGGGUGUCGUGUCGGAUCACGGACCUGUACAUGGACCUGAGGGACGGCCGGAUGCUCAUCAAGCUGCUGGAGGUUCUGUCUGGAGAGAGGCUGCCCAAACCCACCAAGGGCCGCAUGCGGAUCCACUGCCUGGAGAACGUGGACAAGGCCCUGCAGUUCCUGAAGGAGCAGCGGGUCCACCUGGAGAACAUGGGCUCCCACGACAUCGUGGACGGAAACCACCGCCUCACGCUGGGCCUCAUCUGGACCAUCAUCCUGCGCUUCCAGAUCCAGGACAUCAGUGUGGAGACGGAGGACAACAAGGAGAAGAAGUCGGCUAAAGACGCUCUGCUGCUCUGGUGCCAGAUGAAGACUGCAGGGUAUCCAAACGUCAACAUUCACAACUUCACCACCAGCUGGAGAGACGGGAUGGCCUUCAACGCCCUCAUCCACAAACACAGACCUGAUCUGAUCGACUUUGAUAAGCUGAAGAAGUCCAACGCUCACUACAACCUGCAGAACGCCUUCAACCUGGCAGAGCAACACCUGGGGCUCACCAAGCUACUGGACCCGGAAGACAUCAGCGUUGAACAUCCUGAUGAAAAGUCCAUCAUCACCUACGUCGUCACCUAUUACCACUACUUCUCCAAGAUGAAGGCGCUGAAGGUGGAGGGCAAGAGGAUCGGCAAGGUUCUGGACAACGCCAUCGAGACGGAGAAGAUGAUUGAGAAGUACGAGUCUCUGGCGUCGGACCUGCUGGAGUGGAUCGAGCAGACCAUCAUCAUCCUCAACAACAGGAAGUUCGCCAACUCGCUGGUGGGCGUCCAGCAGCAGCUGCAGGCCUUCAACACGUACCGCACCGUGGAGAAACCGCCCAAGUUCACAGAGAAGGGGAACCUGGAGGUUCUGCUCUUCACCAUCCAGAGUAAGAUGAGAGCCAACAACCAGAAAGUUUUCACGCCGCGUGAAGGAAAGCUCAUCUCCGACAUCAACAAGGCCUGGGAGCGUCUGGAGAAGGCGGAGCAUGAGCGGGAGCUGGCCCUGAGGACGGAGCUGAUCCGCCAGGAGAAGCUGGAGCAGCUGGCCCGCCGCUUCGACCGCAAGGCCGCCAUGAGGGAGACGUGGCUGAGCGAGAACCAGAGGCUGGUCUCACAGGAUAACUUUGGAUUCGACCUGCAGGCCGUGGAGGCGGCCACUAAGAAGCAUGAAGCCAUAGAGACGGACAUCGCGGCGUACGAGGAGCGCGUUCAGGCGGUGGUUGCCGUGGCGAGGGAGCUGGAGGCGGAGAGUUACCAUGACAUCAAGCGCAUCACGGCCAGGAAGGACAACGUGAUCCGGCUGUGGGAAUACCUGCUGGAGCUGCUGAAGGCCCGGCGCCACAGGUUGGAGCUCAACCUGGGCCUGCAGAGGGUUUUCCAGGAAAUGCUCUACAUCAUGGACUGGAUGGACGAGAUGAAGAUGCUGCUGCUGUCCCAGGACUACGGGAAGCACCUGCUGGGUGUGGAGGAUCUGCUGCAGAAACACGCUCUGGUGGAGGCCGACAUCUCCAUCCAGGCCGACCGCGUCCGCAACGUCAACAGCAACGCCCAGAAGUUCGCCAGCGACACCGACGGCUACAAACCCUGCGACCCGCAGGUCAUCCGGGACCGCGUGGCGCACAUGGAGUUCUGCUAUCAGGAGCUGAACCAGCUGGCGGCGGAGCGGCGCGCCCGCCUGGAGGAAUCCCGCCGCCUCUGGAAGUUAAAGCUUCCUUUAUUCCACUUUAAUCGUAAAGCUCAUCUUGCUCCCUGGGCUGAGCUCUGUGUGGUGGUUGUGCUGCAGGACGGCCAGGCGCUGAUGGCAGAGAAGCCAGAGACGGAGGCCAUGGUGAAGGAGAAGCUGACGUCCCUGAAGGUCAUGUGGGACGACCUUGAGUCGACCACCCAGACCAAGGCCAAGUGUCUGUUUGACGCCAACAAGGCUGAGCUUUUCACCCAGAGCUGCGCCGACCUGGACAAGUGGCUGACCGGCCUGGACAGCCAGCUGCAGUCCGACGACUUCGGCAAAGACCUGACCUCCGUCAACAUCAUGCUGAAGAAGCAGCAGAUGCUGGAGAGCCAGGUGGAGGUGCGUCAGAAGGAGGUGGAGGAGCUGCAGAAACAGUCGCAGGCGCUGAGCCAGGAGGGGAAAGGUUCUGAUGAGGCGGACGGGAAGCGGAUCAGCGUGGAGAACAAGUUCCAGAUGCUGCUGGCGCCGCUCAAGAUGCGGCGCGACAACCUGAUGGCGUCCCGCGAGAUCCACCAGUUCAACAGGGACGUGGAGGACGAGAUCCUGUGGGUGGAGGAGCGGCUGCCUCUGGCCACGUCCACCGACCACGGACACAACCUGCAGACGGUGCAGCUGCUCAUCAAGAAGAACCAGACGCUGCAGAAGGAGAUCCAGGGCCACCAGCCUCGUUACGACGACAUCUUUGAGCGCAGCCAGCAGGUCCUGCGGGCCGGCAGCCCCACGGCCGAGCCGAUCCGGCUGAGGCUCACCGAGCUGCAGGCGCUGUGGGAGCGGAUCCGGAAGGAGACGGAGAACCGGCAUUCCCGCCUCAGCGAGGCCCACGAGGCCCAGCAGUACUACUUUGAUGCUGCGGAGGCCGAGGCCUGGAUGAGCGAACAGGAGCUGUACAUGAUGUCUGAGGAGAAGGCCAAGGAUGAGCAGAGCUCGGUGGCCAUGCUGAAGAAGCAUCAGAUCCUGGAGCAGGCGGUGGAGGAUUACGCCGACGCCGUCCAUCAGCUGUCCAGCACCAGCCGGGGCCUGGUGGCCGCAGGACACCCCGACAGCGAGCGCAUCGGCAUGCGGCAGUCGCAGGUGGACAAGCUGUACGCGGGGCUGAAGGACCUGGCGGAGGAGCGGCGCGGGAAGCUGGACGAGCGUUUCCGUCUGUUCCAGCUGAACCGGGAGGUGGACGACCUGGAGCAGUGGAUCGCCGAGAGGGAGGUGGUGGCCGGGUCGCACGAGCUGGGCCAGGACUACGAGCACGUCACGAUGCUGCAGGAGCGUUUCCGAGAGUUCGCCCGCGACACGGGGAACAUCGGUCAGGAACGCGUCGACGGCGUCAACAAGCUGGCGGACGAGCUGAUCAACACGGGCCACGGCGACGCGGCCACCAUCGCCGAGUGGAAGGACGGGCUGAACGAGGCCUGGGCCGACCUGCUGGAGCUCAUCGACACGCGCACGCAGAUCCUGGCCGCCUCCUACGAGCUGCACAAGUUCUACCACGACGCCAAGGAGAUCCUGCACCGCAUCCUGGACAAACACAAGAAGCUGCCGGAGGAGCUGGGCCGCGACCAGAACACCGUGGAGACGCUGCAGAGGAUGCACACCACCUUCGAGCACGACAUCCAGGCGCUGGGCACGCAGGUCCGGCAGCUGCAGGAAGACGCCGUCCGUCUGCAGUCGGCGUACGCCGGAGACAAAGCCGACGACAUCCAGAAGAGAGAAGGAGAGGUGCUGGAGGCCUGGAAGAACCUCCUGGAGGCGGCGGAGGCCCGGCGCUCCAAGCUGCUGGACACGGCCGAUAAGUUCCGGUUCUUCAGUAUGGUGCGGGACCUGAUGCUGUGGAUGGACGACGUCAUCCGGCUCAUCGAGGCCCAGGAGAAGCCCAGGGACGUGUCGUCGGUGGAGCUGCUGAUGAACAACCAUCAGGGCAUCAAGGCGGAGAUCGACGCCCGAAACGACAGCUUCACGUCCUGCAUCGAGCUGGGCAAGGCGCUGCUGGCCAGGAAGCACUACGCUGCAGAGGAGAUUAAGGAGAAGUUGCUCCAGCUGACGGAUAAGAGGAAAGAGAUGAUCGAUAAGUGGGAGGACCGCUGGGAGUGGCUGAGGCUGGUGCUGGAGGUGCACCAGUUCUCGCGGGACGCGGGCGUGGCGGAGGCGUGGCUCCUGGGCCAGGAGCCGUACCUGUCCAGCCGGGAGAUGGGCCAGAGCGUGGACGAGGUGGAGAAGCUCAUCAAACGCCACGAGGCCUUCGAGAAGUCCGCCGCCACCUGGGAGGAACGCUUCGCCGCGCUGGAGAGGCUGACCACGAUGGAGUUACUGGAAGUGAGAAGAAGGCAAGAGGAAGAGGAGAGGAAGAGGCAGCCGGCCGAGGCUGCUGAGGCUGCAGCCCAGAGCAGGGAGGGCGAGCCGGUGUCUCAGAACGGGCUGCCGUCCGACCAGGAGUCGCCCCGGGAGAACGUGGACGAGGCGGUGAACGGGGUGUCGGAGCCCAGCCCCGCGGGGUCGCCGGGCGCCGCCCGUAAGGCCAAGCCCAGCCAGGCGGCGACGCUGCCGGCUAAGAGCCAGCAGGACGGCGCCACCUCUCUGCUGGAGGCCUUCCUGCACCGCAAACACGAGUGGGAGGGUCACAACAAGAAGGCCUCCAACAGGUCCUGGCACAACGUGUUCUGUGUGAUCAACCAGCAGGAAAUGGGUUUCUAUAAGGACCAGAAGAGCGCGGCGCAGGGCGUCCCCUACCACAGCGAGAUCCCCGUCAGCCUGAAGGAGGCGCUGUGUGAGGUGGCGCUCGACUACAAGAAGAAGAAACACGUCUUCAAGCUCAAGCUCACUGAUGGGAACGAGUAUCUCUUCCAAGCCAAAGACGACGAGGAGAUGAACUCCUGGAUCUCGGCCAUCGUGGCGGCGGCGGGCUCCAGGGUGGAGGUGACCCCCAGCAGCCACAGCACGCCGGCCCCCGCCCCGCGCGCCCAGACGCUGCCGGCCACCGUGGCGGCCUCCACCGCCGAGUCCAGCCCGGGAAAACGGGAGAAAGACAAGGAGAAACGCUUCAGUCUGUUCAGCAAGAAGAAGUAGACGCUCCUCCUCUCCUCCCGUCCCGCGGCUGUUUGGGGUCGCUCCUCGUUGUCCAUCGCUACGUCCUCGUUUAUCCAGCCGCUAGUCGGUUUGCUCCUAGCAGCUGAAGCUCAGAAUGUAGAUCUGUCUCUUUAAUCCAUCCUGAUGAUGAUUCCUAACAUUUCCUGAUCCCAAACAGCCUUCCUCCUCGUCCUCCUCCUCUUCCUCUCAAAGCGUGAGUCCAGCAUGCCAGCUCCGAGCCAAAACUCUCCACUCUGUGCCUCUCAGCCGUCCGGUGGCUCAGAGUUCCCGCUCAGCUGCGGCGCGGCGGGAACCUUUGCUAGGAGGGACAGAACCACCGUCAGCGUGUCCGGCAGCUGCUGUCCUACGGAUACGAUCACCGCCUGGAGGAACUCCCGCUCCGUUUUCCUUCCCGCUGUCUCUCGUCGUCCAGCUUCUCGUGUUUACGCUCCCGGUUCUCCUGGACGUUGUCGCUCGCUCCGGUCUGGCUCCAUCCUCAGCCGUUUCUGCGAGGCCUUGUCUUUGCAAGAUGCCGUGUAUCCCUGUGUAGAGGGGAACCUGGAGCAGGGCGGGGUCCGCUCCGGAUCCGCCUGCUGCUGCUCAGCCUGGGCUGACCGGGCUAACCCGGGCUAACUGGGCUGACCGGGCUAAUGAGGCUAACCGGGCUAAGCAGCUGCUCGGGGCCGUCUAAUUCCUGCAGCAGCGUGAGCGCCACCCGGCCCUGCUUCAUCUGUAUGUAUAACUUGUGUAUAACAAACUGUUUAAAAUAAACUUGUGUUUAAUUUCUUCACUUAUUAGUACUAAUAUUAUGACCAACCGUGAUAAGCUUCAGUGAUUUCUGUAUGAAGGAGGAAACCGAAUGUUUAAUCAGUUUUCCAACAAUCAGUCAGGUUUCUUUUCUACUUUAUUUCUGAAACAUUAACCUCUGACCUUUGUUUAGUUUUGUGUCUCAGAGUUAAUCAGUCUGAGGUUUAUUAGUCUGGAGUUUGAAGAUGUUCUAUAAAGUAACUUUAAGCUGUUCAGUGGAUUCUUUAUGUCUGGAAGUGAUUAUCGCUCGUUGGCUUCAGCUCUCCGUCGUUAAAGUGAAACCUGUUGGAGCUUCAUGUGGACGCUUCUGUACGGAGCUUCAUUCAUGACAAAAGUCACUCAAACUCAUUUAAAAUGUCAAAUUGAUCAGAUGUGGAAAAAGAUGCAACAUUAAAAACAUUCAUUGACUCAGUUUCCCACAAUUCUGCUCGUUUUAGCACGUUUUUGUUUGGGAUGUGAUUUAUGAUCCACAUUAUACAAGAAAACAGUUAAUUUGAAAACAAUCAAAAUUAUUUCCUCAGAUUUCCAUAGUAACCACCAUAUCAUAAAUUAUUUUAAAAACAUGUUUCCAAAUGAAGAAUGUUCAUGUUUGUUAGAAAACUAUCAAUUUUUGAUUUCUGGUUGAUGGUGGGAGAAUAUUUUUUCUAUGAAAAAGACUCUUUGGAAGAAUCUCACAGAGAAGUGGUUCUCCGGCCUGCAGGGGGCGCUUCAGGCAGCGGCUGGUGGCUUCAGGCCUAAAACAGCAGAUUACCAGCUUUUCCUCUAAAAACUAAAAACUGGUGAUCAAGAAGAAUAGUUAUUAGAUUUGAAUGUUUGGGCCUAAAUGUUUGACGUUUGUUUAAGUCAUUUUGUCAUUAAUGGAGUUCCGUAGAGCCUGAAUAGAGUUGGUGUAAAGCAGCAGGAAUGAGACCGAACAGGUCAAAGGUCAAUCAUUAUUGGGGGAGGGGCUGCUUCAUUUUUUAUUAUUCAGUGCUAAAAUCUGGAAGUUUGAUAAAUAGUGUGCAUUCCUCUGUCACUGUAACCAUAGUAACCAGAUAUUUCUUCAUUCUGCACAAAGCCACGUUGGGGUAGGUGGGCGGGGGUCAUAGGUCAUAGGUGGGUGUGAUGUGGACUGGGGGUCACUGCUAGUUGGAUCUGCACCGUAGAUUUCUCCCCAUCUGUUCCAUCUGUGCAAAAAGCCAUUAAAAGCUUUUAAAACAAAA